AGGACCAAGAAAAGCUUCAAUUAUUAUUAUUAUUAUUCUUCAAAACAAAAAGAGAGUCAAUAGCAAUGGCCUCACAUUGGCAACGACAACACCCAAGGCAAAGGCCAGAACACGGUCACGGCCAAUUCCCAAACCCAUGGGAACGCCAUCCAAGGGAUCACGGCCCUGUUCAUGAAGAUAAUUAUAAUACAAACUAUACGGUCGUGUCGUGGGAGGAGCUGCAGUACCCGUCUGGGGAGCUUGGCGCAAUUCCGAAACGGCCGGAGGUUAUUGAUGACAGAAAACAGAUGGAGUAUUUGACUAGAAUUUUGGGUUCUAAGGUCUACGAUGUCACUUCUGAAUCUCCAUUCCAUUUUGCACCUAUAUUGUCCUAUGGCUUGGGAGUCAAUCUUUGGCUGAAGAGGGAGGACUCACACUCGGGGUACUCGUUUAUGCUUCGAGGAGCUUAUAAUAUGAUAUCCCACCUUCCUAAUGAAGAAUUGGACAAAGGAGUGCAGAAAGAUGUGGAAAAAGAGUACUCAUUCAAUAUUAGAGGAGCUUAUAAUAUGAUGGCUAAUCUUCCUAAAGAAGCAUUAAUGGAAAAGAAAAUGCCUAAAGAAGAGGCGGAAAAAGGAUAUUCAUUCAAGACUAGGGGAGCUUAUAAUAUGAUGGCUAAUCUUCCUAAAGAAGAGUUGGACAAAGGAGUUAUUUUUGCAUCAACGGGUGGAGAUCAUGCACAAGGUCUAGCUUUGGCUGCGAACAAAUUAGGAACUGAGACCGUCAUUGUUAUGCCUACUACAACUCCCCCAAUUAAGGUGGAGAUGGUUAAAAAUUUAGGUGGGAAGAUUGUUUUGUAUGGAGAUACUUUUGAUGACGCACUAAAGCAUGCAAAACAACUGAGCCAAGAGAAAAACCUAACUGUAAUACCUCCUUUUGACCACAAAGAUGUUAUCAUAGGCCAAGGCACAGUUGGAAUGGAAAUUGCACGUCAAAUGAGGGAUCCAUUACAUGCAAUUUUUGUCUCUGUUGAGAGCGGUGAACUACUCGCUGGCGUUGCUUCUUUUUACAAACUAGUUUUUCCUGAUGUAAAGAUUAUUGGAGUGGAGGCACGUGAUGCAAAUCGUAUGGCAUUGGCAUUACAUAAAAAUGAGAUAGUAAAAGUGGACGAUAUUGGAAUGUUUGCAGAUAAUGUGGGAGUUCAACAAGUUGGGAAUGAGAGUUUUCGCAUUGCGAGAGAGUUGGUGGAUGGUAUAGUUCUAGUUGACAAAGACGACAUUUCUAUUGCAAUUAAGGAAAUGUACGAGGAUACCGGGAGUAUGUUGGAGCCAUCAGGAGUUGUUUCAAUAGCUGGAGCUAAAGCAUACUGCAAAUAUAAUAAUAUGAAAGGAGUAAAUGUUGUUGCAAUAACAAAUGGUUCAAACAUCAACUUUAACCAACUUGGUAGCAUUGUUCAUAUUGUUGAUGCUGCUGAUCAAACUGAGGCGAAGAGUGUUAUAGGAAUGUAUCUAGAUUCUUAUACUCGUGGGUUUGGAGCAUCUAUUUAAUUCACCAUCGUCCACAGGGUAUAUAUUGGGGUCCAGAUAGAAGAAGCAGAAGAGAUGGGUUAAUUCCAUGAAAGAGCUAAUGACAUUGCCAGCUCCAAAGCUUCUUCUCACAAAGUUAUAAAACCAAUACACAAAUCUCCUUGUGGUUUAUGAGGGAAAUCAUAUUUGAAUAAUGUGUUACUCUUGAUGUUUGUUGCUGUUGUUGUUGGGAAUAAUAACUCUGUUUCAUAUCUCUGUUUUAGUGAAAUGAAGCCCUAAGGUGUGGAAUAAUAAUACAAA